UUAUAUAUAUAUAUAUAUAUAUAUAUAUAUAUAUAUAUAUAUAUAUAUAUAUAUAAAUGAGAGAAAAUACUGAAUAUAUUGUAACAAUAAUUUUAUUAUGUCUGGAACUAAUUCUGAUAAAACUUCAUUUCAUAAUAAAAACACAAUCAUUAUUAUCAUUACAAUUGUUGUAGAUUUCUUCAUUAUAAAUGUACAAUGUUCUUCAGUAAAUUAUGAUGGUGAUAUUAAAUUAGUCGACGGUCCAAGUGAACAAACUGGUACUGUACUAGUUUAUAGAACGUAUGGUUGGGGUAAAGUAUGUGAUGAUCACUGGACAAUGAAAGAAGCAAAUGUUGUUUGCAGACAAUUGGGAAUGGGUCAUGCUCUUGAAGUACUCAGACGUAAUAGAUUUGGAUCAAGCUCUCAAGCAAAUUAUUUAAUGGAUGAAGUUCAUUGUACUGGUAGUGAAAAACGUCUAAUUGAUUGUAGAUUCAACGGUUGGGGUGUACAUGAUUGUCGAAUUAAUGAAGAAGCUGGUGUAAAAUGUGCUCAAAAAGCUAUAAUAAUUAAUAAGCCUUCAUGGAAUCCUCUUAAAUUGAAAUUAAAUCAGUUGGAGUUAGAAAAAAUGUCUAAAAUAAAAUUCAAAGUGAUCAGUCAACAAUUGAACUUUAGUCAACAUGCGCAAUCACCUAUAUUCAUUCCAGUUUUGAUUGAAACAGAAAAUGGAACUAAGGGAACAGUUUGUUCAGAUCAUUUUCAUGCAGCUGAGGCAAUUGUAUUAUGUCAUCAAUUAAAUGUUGGUCACGGGGGGAGAGUUAUUGCCAUGCCAAUCGAACAAACUGGAAUCAAUACUACUAAUUCAAUUGCUAUAAUUGGUUAUUGUUAUGGGAAUGAGACUGAUUUAAAGUAUUGUAAAAGUUAUAUCGAUUACAAUGGUAUUCCAUGUCAAUCACAGUUGGCAGCAGCUGUUGAAUGUACAUAUAAUCUACCAGAUUUAUCACCUGAUCGGUACAGUUUAGAAACAUCUGCGUAUAUUCAAAAAAUGAGUCUUUGGUUAUUAGAAUGUGCUCUUGAAGAAAACUGUUUACCAGAUAUUGUGUAUAGAAUUAUUGAUAAUAAUCCAUAUAACUAUACAUGGAUGACCAGGACCCUGAUGAGAUUCUCAUCAAUUAUUGAAAACUCUGGAAAUGAAGUUUUUCGACCACUAGAAGAUCCAGAUAAUUGGGAGUGGCAUGCAUGUCAUAUGCACUAUCAUAGCAUGAAAGUAUUUUCACGUUACGAAGUUGUGGAUACAGAGAAGAGGCUUGUAGCUGUUGGGCAUAAAUCAAGUUUUUGUUUGGAAGAUAAUCUGUGCAAAUCUGGAGUAGCACCUAAGUUCCGUUGUAGUAAUGUGGUCGAUAGUAAAGGAACACAAGGUAUAAGUCCAGGAUGUCGAGAUAUGUAUUUACAUGAUUAUGAUUGCCAAUGGGUUGAUAUAACUGACAUUGCUCCAGGGCAGUACACAUUCCAAGUUUCAUUUAAUCCUGACUUCUUGGUGCCGGAAUCCAAUUUCUUUAACAACGCAUUGACAUGUCAAAUGACACAUUUGGGAUAUACUGCUGUUUUAAGACUAUGUCGAUUUAUUCACUUAAAUGAUUUAUUUUGAAUCCUCUAAUCCUUCAAGUAACAAUUUUUUUCCAAUUCAGCUAUUUAACAUGUUGGUAUUACUUGUAAAUCGUUGAUGAUAAUAAAUAAACAACCUUCACUAUUUCACUUGUAAAUCAUACGCACCCGUAAUUGUUCUUCAAUACAUGCACAAAUUGUGGAAAAGUUUUUAGGUACAAACUGUGACCCAUAUCAACAAAAUUUUGAGAUGUAGCAAAUGAUACGAAGGCCUACAUAAAAUAGACGGUUUUGGUCAAUAUUGAAGUUGAAUGCGUAAAUCGACAGAUGCUAACUCAGUGAUCUAAAGAUAAACAACUUUCACUGGGACUUGAAGAGCUGGGCUCGGCUACGGACGGCGACGAGUCCCAUGCCGCAUCGAAACAGCUGUUUAUUUUGGUUUUCAAUGAUUGUCUACGAUCACUAAGUAGUAUAAGCUACAUAAUAAUGGACAGCUAAAAUAUUUAGUCACUACCAAAGCAAAUGAUCUACUAUGAUCUAGCUGUACAAACUUGACGCCCGACACCACACCUUAGAAAAUGCCUUCUCAGUUGACUGAAAACAGAUACAUUACUACUUGAAAAGGAUUACCAAUCAAAAUGCUCAAAGCCAGUGCGAACUAUGUUUAAAAUAACUACACUGGAUUGUGAUCUUAAAAUGGAUACUUUAAUGUAUUUAUUUUCUACAUUGGG